UAAUUUUGUAUGUUCAGAAUCUUGCUUGUUUUGAAAUUUCUGAGAUAAUAAACUCACAUUUCCGCAUUGGUUAUCUACAGUAAACAAUUGAUAAAGAGUCUGUGUCUGCUAUAAAAACCAUGCUCCCAUGUUCCUCCUCAAGAGAUUUCCUGAGUUUCCUUUGGUUCACACCUUCAACAUGCUGACGCUAAAGCUAAGCGGGAUCCUUUUGCUGCUGAUCCUGUGCCAACAUGGUAUAGAUGCAAAUGUGAUCUGUCAAGGAAGAUCUGGGAUCCUCAGAUGUAAUUCUGGAUCAAUAAGGAUUAUUGAAGCCACCUAUGGACGGAGCGAUAACACAACAUGUGCUUAUCGGAAACCAGCUUCUCAGAUCUCAAAUACGAACUGCAGAGCACCAGUCACCAAUAUAGUUUCCUCUCGGUGCAAUAGAAAAAAGAAAUGUGUUCUUUUUGCAUCAAACUCACUUUACUCUGAUCCUUGUGUUGGAACUUAUAAAUACCUGGACGUGACUUAUCAAUGUCCGACAUGAAGUGCGUUGUGAAGACUUCUUGUCAACUAAGUGCUUCAAACUCUGAUCCAUGUCAGCUGUCAAUAUCUGGAAGUGACUUACAGCUGUAAAUAAUAUUAUUUGUCCAGCCGUAUUUUAUGUUUUGUGUGUUAUAAAUGAAAAUGAUCGUUAUUAUAGAUGUUAGAUGCUGCUUUAUAAUAUUGUUUUUGGUUUAUCCAGUCACUCCUCAGCGAAACAAUACAUUGAAAUAUGGGGUUCAGAAUGAAAUAAAAAUUUCAUAACAAACCUAAUUUUACAACUUCCAUAUUUAUUUUGGAAAGCUUUAAUAAUCAUGUAUCAACAAAUGUGAAUAAUGGGAAACAUCCUGAUCCUAAAAUGCUUUAUUUUUGUAAAUGCAUGUCAUGGCUUUCUUUUGAUUUUGAGGUGAUUUUCUCUCAUAAAAAUGUUAGACACUAUUAUAUCUAUGUAAAUGUAUGAUAUAUUAAUGGAAAACAAUCAUGCGAUCUGGUGAGAAAACAGUUUUUUUCUUUAAUAUUUUCUUUAAAGCUGUUUUGUAACCAUUUGUAUUGUAAAGAAUCACUAUAAAUAAUGUGUAAAUAAUGUCGUAAAACUUUUAAAUAUAUGAUCAAACUAUUCUGACUUCAGUUUUAUUGACAGCCACACACACACUGUGUUUUGUUUGGUAAUGUUAAUAAAAAGUCUUCAGUGCAGUCUCAACAUGUUUGUCUUUUAUUGAACAUGUGUUAGGCUUCUUCUUUUUAUAUUACUUGUAUGAUACUCCACACAUAACACUAAACACAGUGCCAUCUAUUGGCUUUCUUAAGAAACAACAAUCUGAUAUCAUCACAUCCCCCUUUCUUUAAAGAAAAUAAACGUAAUGUUAUUAUACAGCACAUUUAAACCUGCACCUAUUAAACAGUUAAUACAACUUAUAAACUAAACUAAACUCCUCACUGCUAUAUUUAAAGCUAUUUCUUACAGGUUCAAUCUAUCAGGUCUUUUAAUGUGUCUUGCAGAUCU